AUGUCGCGCACAUACAACGAUGCCGUGACAUCGCUCAACACCCUGCAGUCCAAUUUUGCUAUUGUCGACGCCAUCCGUAAGUCGGGGCGAUCGUUGAACGAACAAGCCAUUCCUGAAAUGGUCGAUUGGUGCCGCAGGAUCGGAUACAAGCCUUCAGACUUCAAUGCCUUAAAUGCUAUACACAUCGCUGGGACCAAGGGCAAAGGAUCCACUGCCGCCUUCACCUCUUCCAUCCUCACACAGUUCAUUGAUGGUGAUGAACCCGGGUUUAGACCCUUGUCAAAAGUUGGAUUGUUCACCUCACCGCAUUUGACAUCGGUUCGAGAACGAAUCCAGAUCAAUGGCGAGCCCUUGUCCGAGGAAGUGUUUGCGAAGUAUUUCUUCGAGGUUUGGGACCGGCUCGAGAAUGCUGCAAGGGAUGCAGGGGAAGAUCCGGCGUCAACCAAGGCCAAACCAGUUUAUUUUAGGUAUUUGACCUUGAUGGCCUUUCACACCUACCUCAGCGAAAAGGUGAACGUUGCAGUAAUCGAAUGCGGCAUAGGUGGCGCCUACGACAGCACAAAUGUCCUGGAAUCACCGGUGGUGACGGCAAUCACAAGCCUGGGAAUCGACCAUGUCGGUAUGCUUGGUGACACCAUUGGCCAGAUCGCUUGGCACAAAUCUGGUAUCAUGAAGAAGGGCAUCCAGUGCUUCACUCCUGACAGCCAACCACAGGAGGCGAAGGAGAUUAUGGAGAAAGUGGCAAAGGAAAAAGAGUGCCUCCUCGAGUACGUCAAGCCGAUGCCGAAGAUUGAGACUGGAGACUACAUCCUUGGACUCCAAGGAGAGUUUCAGAAGAUCAAUGCCACUCUCGCGCUUGAGGUUGCAUGGAAGUGGCUUCGCGUUGAAGGAUACAAGUCGCACGAUCGUCAAUUUUUUCAGAGGUUGAAAAACGGCCUGCGUUAUGUUCGGUGGCCGGGACGGUGUGAUACUAGAAAAGAGAAAGGAAUCGAGUGGUACGUCGAUGGAGCCCACACACUGGAAAGUAUCAGGUUGGCUGGCGAGUGGUUUGCCUCUCAGGUCAUCACGAAAUCACGACCAACCAACAAAUCAUCGGAAUAUCCACAUCGACGACCGCGCGUUUUGAUCUUCAAUCAGCAGACCCGAGAUGCAAACGCCUUUGCAGAGGAACUAUUCACCACGCUUUCCAAGGCUCUGGACGAUUCACGUCCUUUUAGCCACGUCAUCUUCUGUACCAACACUACCUUCAAAGAAACCGGCUUCAAGCCGGAUCUGGUCUUUGUUAACUCCAAUGCGUCAGAUGUUAAGAGUCUGACAGUUCAGCGUCGUCUGGCUGAGAUAUGGGCCAAGAUAGACCCUGCAGCCGAGGUUGGAGUGGUGCGCACGAUCGAAGAAGCAGUAGAAAUCGUCCGGAAAUUGGCAAGGCACCAUCAAUAUGGGACGCACGAAAACGCGGAGAUGGUGGCUCCAACUGGGACCAGGACCAAGACCUCGCAUACCCAUGAGAUGAACCCCUCUAGCGCAAAGGAGACGCGGACAGCGAGUGGAGAGGAAAUCAAAACUUCAUUCGACCAGGAACCAGGAGUCACUGCUUUUGUCACCGGGAGUCUGCACCUCGUCGGUGGCUUUCUGGAGGUAUUGGAAAGCACCAAGGCCUCUGACAUUGCAAACCCGGAUGGAGUUCCUACCUCGGCCCCUGAUAUUCCGGGACGUGGUAUCAAGUCAUCAUUCGCGAAAGAGCCAGAAGUUUACAGUAAAUUCUUGGCCAUAAGUGAGGACUUCAAGAACCGAGUCAUUGACGUCCCACAGCUCCUCCGGAGGGUGGCAGAUCUGUACAUUGAACAUGAGCGACCCGAAGUGCUUAUGGCUGUCAACUUGCUGUUACCGAACGGGUAUCCUUUCGAGCUUGCACCCGAAGACAGUGUAAAUGCGACCAGGAUGGCGGUUCCCUGCCCGCGCCUCAGAAGUUCUGUACUAGAGUGGGCGCACAAAGUUGAUCCAAAUGACGUGGAGCGCGACGUUGGCGUUCCUCGAGACGAGGAAUGGAUGGCAGAGAAGCCUUCAAAUCGUGGCAACAAAUUGCCUCCUCAUAGAUGGGUAGAGAUGGAGCCAGCCACGAAGCGCCGGCGUACGUCGUGA